AUGGCACCCAAAAAGAACGCCGCGGCCGCAGCGGCCAUUGCACCACCCACCACACAAACCACGACGACCACGACUACAAUCCCCUCCUCCACACCCGUUAAGAUACCCUCCAAAUCCUCCUCGCAAAACCAAUCACCCCACCAAGUAGCCCUCGGCAUCUGGCAAAAUUACCUCGAUAAAACACCUCAGAGAACAAAGUUGAUUGAUGUAUUCAUGUCUUUUUUGGUUGUAGUGGGCGUUCUGCAAUUUGUCUACUGUAUCUUGGCUGGCAAUUACCCAUUUAACGCAUUUCUUUCCGGAUUCUCAGCAACUGUAGGACAAUUUGUUUUGACGGCUUCAUUACGCAUACAGACGAAUAUAGAGAAUAAGGCUGAAUUUAGCUCGGUGUCUCCAGAGAGGGCAUUUGCAGAUUACGUGUUUGGAAGUUUGAUUCUACAUUUCUUUUGCGUCAACUUCAUCAACUAG